GAAGAUACAUCACCAUCGAUGGCGGAUGAUGGUAACUACUAAUGUUCUAUGCUUUGGAGCAAAUGAAGGAUUCCUAUUCAAAUUUCGAUUUCGAAUUGGACGGGGACGUGAAGAACAGCAUCGGAAGGUUGAUCCACAGGUGCAAGAGCUUGAAGGAGCUGUCUCAGGUUCAUUCCCAUGUCAUAAAGCUCCCGCAUUUACUCCCAAACCAUCGCUCCUUCCUCACUUCCCGCCUCCUCUUCUGCAUCUCACCCCUUUCCCUCUCUUACGCCUGCAAAAUCUUCUCCCUCAUCCAAAACCCCACUCUCUUCUCAUACAACGCCAUUAUCAGAGCCAAUUCCACCAAUCCCACCCACCCUUCCUCCUCUGCUUCAUUAAUUCUGUACAAACAGCUGCUGGCCAACGGCCUGCUGCCCGACUCCAUAACCCUACCUUUCGUGCUCAAGGAAUGCUCCACCAGGGCCGAUUUAAUCGCCGGCAGAGGCGUCCAUGCUCACGGUUUGAAGUUUGGGUACGAAUCAGACGUUUACGUGCAGAAUUCGCUCAUCAAUUUGUACUCUGAAUGCGGAGUUUCGGAGGAUGCACACAAGGUGUUCGACGAAAUGCCUAACAGAGAUGUGGUUUCAUGGAACUCCAUCAUUAUUAGCUCUUUAAGAAGCGGCGAACUCGACGCCGCAUUGCAGCUGUUCUCGGCAAUGCCGGAGAGGAAAAACAUCAUCACGUGGAACUCAAUGAUCACCGGAUUCGUGCAAGGCGGCCGGCCGAAGGAGGCACUCGAAAUCUUCCGGGAUAUGCAAGUUUCCGUCGAUACCGUCUACCCGGAUAAAGUAACAUUAGCCGGUGUGCUAUCCGCCUGCGCUUCUUUAGGGGCGAUCAAUCUCGGGAGAUGGGUGCAUCAUUACAUCGAAAGAACCGGGACAACGUGCGACAUGGUGUUAGGGACAUCGCUCGUUGACAUGUACGGAAAAUGUGGAUUUAUCCGGAAGGCGUUCGAGGUUUUCCUGGGAAUGCCCGAGAAGGACGUUCUCGCAUGGACGGCGAUGAUCUCGUCAUACGCAAUGCACGGCUACGGCCGCGAUGCGAUCGAGCUUUACGGGAGAAUGGAAGAAGCCGGAGUGAGGCCAAACGCGGUGACAUUUGUCGCGAUACUCUCUGCGUGCGCGCACACAGGGCUAAUCGACGAGGGGCGACGGUACUUUCAAAGAAUGGGAAAACACGGGAUUGAGCCACGGGUCGAGCAUUACACGUGCAUGGUCGACAUUUUAGGGCGAGCGGGUCGUUUCGACGAGGCGGAAGAGCUUAUCGGGAGGAUGCCAGUGAGUCCCGACGUAUUUACGUGGGGGGCUCUGCUGGGGGCGUGCCGGACGCAUGGGAACAUCAGGUUGGGGGAGAAAGUCGCACGGCUGUUGAUCGAGAUGGAGCCGGAAAACCAUGUGUUCUACGUGGUUUUGUGCGAUUUGUACGGGAAAUCGAGGAGAUUCGAGGAUCGCCAGAGAGUGAGAUCUUGGAUGAAUGAUCGGAGGGUGGAGAAGGGUGCUCCGGGAACAAGUUUGAUAGAAGUAGAAGGUGUUGUGUUAGAAUUCUCUGUUAAAGGGUCGCCGGAGAUGGAGAUGGAGAUGCCGAUGGAGAGGUUGAAGAGUGUGUUAGAGACGCUGGAUAAUGAGAUGAAGGUGGACGAGAAGUAUAUUGAGACUUUAUUAUGACCAAUUUCUUAUAUUUUGUAUGCAAACAAUUUUUUGGAAUUUAGAAAAUAGUAAAAUUAAUAAAUGUAAUGAUUUAUUAAAAACA